AUGACGACUACCGAGGGUAACAAAUCCAGCGGAUCCGGUCCCCGUAAGUAUCUCUGCAGCGACUGUGGCCGGACAUUCGCCCUGAAAGCGUCAUUGCUGCGGCACAAAGCGCUGGAGUGCAACAAGGGCCGGCAGCCGUACGAACGCCAGAGCCAAGAGACGAACUACGAGAGGAAGAAAACGAGGAAGAAUCACGUAUGCUCCAGAUGCAAUCGCGUUUACGUAUUCUUCACGUCUUUGUGGCGGCACCAGAAGUACGAAUGCGGCGUGGAACCGAAGUUUACCUGUCCUAUUUGUAAAUGCCGGUUUGCUCAGAAGAGAUACGCGUACGGGCUCAAGGACGGAUUUCAGAAUUACUCGCCGGACGCGACGGCGGCGCAUCCGUUGCUGGUGUGUCCGCAAUGCGGACGAACGUACAAGAUGAAGCGCAAUCUGAAGACUCAUAUGAGAUUCGAGUGCGGCGGCCAGCGGAACUUCAAGUGUCACGUCUGCCCGGCCAGUUACACGCAGAACAUCAGUCUGCGUCGGCAUCUGAUGCAGCGGCACAACAUCUACCUGCCGCCGAAGUUCUCGGUACCUAAGCGCAUCUUUGCCAUACCUUAA